UGUCGAGAAAACGUUGUCACUUCCGCGUCGCCGCUGUGUUAAGUUGUGAUUGGAAGUGGAGUUCACUGAACUGCCCACAGUAAUGGAAGUAUAAUGACUUUUCUUUAGUGCUUCCACCUUUAAAACAAUCUCGUAAGCUUGUAUUUGCUUGUGUAUCCUGGGAAGCCAGAGUAACGUUACCGGCUACAAGACACGAAGCAGAGCAAGGAGAGAGCAAGCUAGCUUUUUAGCUAGCCACUUUGACUGGUGGUCUGUAAGUGGCUGCAGGCUAACUUAUGGAAAAUGGAUUUCCUCUGUGAAAUCGUUCAAGCCUUGGUCGCAUUGGCAGCUCUAGUUUUUAUUGUGGUGCUCAUAAUAGCACACGUCACUGCCGGGAUGGUGAACCUCACACGCCACGAGAAGGAGAAAUACUUCCUCACUGCGACAGGAGAGAAGGAGCUUUUCCCCAGCCUGCAUGAUCCCCAUUCCAGGGAGCUCUCUGUGGUGAUCCCAGCCUAUAACGAGGAACUCCGAAUGCCUGUGAUGUUGGAUGAAGCUACAGAGUACUUGGAACGCAGACAGAAACAGCAUCCUCCUUUUACCUAUGAGAUCAUUGUGGUUGACGAUGGCAGCAAAGACAAAACCACAGAGGUUGCUUUGCGGUACAGUAGGAAGUAUGGUGCUGAUAAAGUGCGGGUCCUGACGCUGGUGAAGAACAGGGGGAAAGGAGGAGCUGUGCGGAUGGGUACUCUGAGCUCCAGAGGGAAAGUCAUUCUGAUGGCGGAUGCUGACGGAGCCACAAAGUUUUCUGACGUUGAGAAAGUGGAGGCUGGACUUAACAACCUCAACCCUAAACCGGAGAACAUGGCAAUUUCCUGUGGUUCCAGGGCUCACCUAGAGCAAGACUCAGUAGCUCAGCGAUCUGUGUUUCGUACAUUCCUUAUGUAUGGCUUUCACUUCCUGGUGUGGUUCUUGUGCGUGAGAGGGAUCAAGGACACACAGUGCGGCUUCAAACUUUUCACACGUGAGGCUGCGCUCAAGACCUUCUCUUCUCUCCACGUAGAGCGAUGGGCUUUUGAUGUGGAGCUCCUGUAUAUUGCCCAAUGUUUUAAAAUCCCCAUAGCAGAGGUGGCGGUCAACUGGACUGAAAUAGAAGGGUCCAAGCUGGUCCCGUUUUGGAGCUGGCUGCAGAUGGGGCGAGACCUGAUUUUCAUUCGCCUGCGCUACUUCACCAGAGCCUGGAAGCUGCAGUCACCACAUAAGACUGACUAGCCAAUCAAUCAAGCCCUGGUGUCUCAGAGACAGCCUGUGAUAGGGCCAUCAAACCUUUGGAUGAGGAGGGAUUGACAACAGUGUCCAUCAUUGUCUGUAAACAACAACAAUGAACAAAGUGCAGUAUAGCACAACCUUUUCCUCUCCAGAUGUCAUUGGUUGUGAAGUAAUGACACAGUUGUGAGUUCUUCAUGGUCCUGCCUUUUAUUUUAUUUUAUUUUAUUUUAUUUGGAUUUUGGCUUGUGAUGGCCGCUGUUACACGCACAUUUCUGUUUCCACGGCUUACAGAAUGUCUGUAUGACUGAUCCGUGUACUAAGUUACCUGAUGUUUAUUUUGUGGCCAAUCACCUGUAAGUGAGAGAGACUUGUGGUGAAAUGUGAAGGAUCUGAUAAUCUGUGUCAUGAUUCUGACGGGUAGAAUGAAUGUCACUAUAUGAGAUUUUCAAAAGGGAGGGAUUGUAUUUUUGAGGAAACAUGGCUGUGGGUUGAUGGGCUGGAUGACUUGAACCAAAAUAAAAAAUGUCAAUGAUU